UUUUCCAUUUACAUUGGUUUUAUCUAUCCACCUAUAAAAUUUCUACCAAGGAUUUCAAUAAAACUUAGUCGAAUAAAGAAACCAAGCCACAACGGGAAAAAAACAGCAUGGAAAAUAUUGGUGAUGAGUAUCAACAUUACUGGGAAACCAAAAUGUUUCUCCAAAAUGAAGAAUUUGAUACUUGGGCAAUUGAUGUAGCGUUUUCUGGGUAUUAUGAUUCGAGUUCUCCAGAUGGAGCUGCAUCGAUUGCGGCUGCUAAGAAUAUUGUUUCGGAGAGAAAUAGAAGAAAGAAGCUUAAUGAUAGGCUUUUUGCUCUUCGAGCUGUUGUUCCCAAUAUUACUAAAAUGGAUAAGGCUUCCAUUAUCAAAGAUGCAAUUGAUUACAUACAAGAAUUACACGACCAAGAGAGGAGAAUUCAAGAGGAGAUUGUGGAGCUUGAAUCUGGGAAAUCAAAGAAGAAUUUGGGUUAUGACUUUGAGGAAGAAUUGCCCUUUUUGUUGAGACCAAAGAAGAAGAAAACGAAUCUGGGUUAUGAUUCUGCAGAAUCAAGAACUUCUCCUGUUGAAGUUCUUGAACUUAGAAUUAACUCAAUGGGAGAAAAGACUCUAGUGGUCAGCAUCACAUGUAGCAAAAGGACUGACACAAUGGUAAAAUUGUGUGAGGCCUUUGAAUCUUUGAAGCUAAAAAUAAUUACAGCCAAUAUCACCGCCGUAGCCGGCAGGCUUUUGAAGACGGCUUUCAUAGAGGUGGAUGAAAAUGAGAAAGAAUAUCUGAAGAACAAAAUCCAAACAGCCAUUGCAGCUCUUAAUGAUCCAACAAGUCCCAUGAGCAUGUGAUUGUGGAUUGUGUGUGUUGCUCUUAAUUAAUUACUGUAUUUCUAGUGUUGUAGUUUUCUCAAGCAUUCCUGGCCCUUUCGUUUCUUCUUCUUGUCUUUACCAAAUGUAUGUGCUCCUCUUAAAGUAGAUGAAUAAAGGCAUGAAAUUCCAAAAAUUCCGAAA